GUGAAGGAUUAACUUGAAUAAACGUAAAAUUACACAAAUUUUAUUAAGUUUACGUCAUAAAAGUCAUACGAGAUGAAUAAAUAUACUCAAGAUAUUUUUGGCAUAAUUAAGGGGAUUCAGCUCGUUGCAAAUGCGUCAUUAAAGACUCAGGAAGCUUAUUUUAAACAUAUCUGGUCGAAUUCAACAGUUCGUGAAGCGAUUGACAAUAAUCUUAAACAAACAGCAGAAUGCGGCAAGAAAGUCAUGAACAAUCCGUCUGAAGAACUUCAGAAUAUAAAUAACAUAUUAAAAGAAUCAGUAUCACGAUCAUCAGUUGUCAUUGAUGGAUUAAGACAAUACAUGUCUAGUGGACGUAGUUCUAUGCCAAUUGGUUCACUAGAUUUUUCGAAUGACAAGUCAUCUAAAUCAUAUUCAUCACUAAAUAAUAUUAAAGAUUUGGAUAUAGCAUCAAUUACAUUAAAAGAACUUGAGAAUAUGUUAGCUGAACAUAAUAAAAUCCGUGAAGUUAACUUAAGGAUAGACGAGAAAGUUAAGCCUAAAAAACCUAAGAAAAUAAUGCAUGAAGGCAAGCUAGAUUUAAUAGAAAAUAUUCCCGUAACUCCAUCACAAAGUGAGCCUCAAAUUGAGGUGGUUAAACAAAAAGCAUCACCUAGCGUUCUUCAAGAUGAGAAGCAAGUACAGACAAUGAUGAGUUUUAUAACAAAUUUCGACAAAACACCUAUCAAAGAAGAAAUAAAACCAAAAGCUCCUGUGCAAGAACUGAAAUUUGUUGCAAAACAGCGAACUGUUCCAUCGUCACGCAUCGGUCGCGCGGCAUCAUUUGGUUCAUUAUUUGCUGGUCUUAGUAUCGGAACUGUUGGAGAAUUGACAAAAGGUGCUUUAGGUUUAGGUGGCUCAACAAGUGUGAAAGAAGCUUUCCUAAGUCCACAAAAUGCUGAGAGAAUUGUCGAUACACUGUGUAAAGUUCGUGGAGCUGCCUUAAAAUUAGGACAAAUUUUGAGUAUUCAAGAUACGAAUGUAGUCUCGCCACAAUUAAUUCAAGCUUUUGAUCGUGUUAGACAAGCAGCCGAUUACAUGCCAAAUUUUCAAGUAGAGAAAGUGAUGAAGGAAGAGUUGGGCAGUGAAUGGAGAUCUAAAUAUGCAAGCUUUGAAGAUAAGCCAUUCGCAGCUGCUUCAAUCGGACAAGUUCAUAAAGGCAUAUUACAUGAUGGAACAAUAGUAGCUGUUAAAAUUCAAUAUCCAGGUGUAGCACGAAGUAUCGAAAGUGAUAUAGAUAAUCUCGUCUCGAUGCUCAAAGUAUGGAAUCUUUUUCCACCAGGAAUGUUCAUUGACAAUGUCGUUAAGGUUGCAAAAAGAGAAUUGGCAUGGGAGGUUGAUUACUUACGUGAAGCUGAAUUCACGACAAACUUUGGUGAAAUGAUCAAACGCUAUACACAAUUUAAAGUGCCUAAAGUCAUCAAUGAUUUGACAACUGCUCGUGUAAUAACAACUGAAUUUGUGCCUGGAGUUCCGAUGGACUCGUGCUUUAAUUUGAGCGAAGAGCAUAAAAAUCACAUAGCAAGAAUGGUCAUGCAGUUGUGCCUCCUUGAACUCUUUGACGUCAGAUGCAUGCAGACUGAUCCGAAUUGGUCGAAUUUCCUUUAUGAUGAAUCUUCAAGACGCUUAAUGCUGAUUGAUUUUGGAGCUACUCGUUUCUAUACCAAAAAUUUCAUUGAUAAUUACUUAAAAGUCAUCAUAGCUGCAACUAAAAAUGACCGUAAAGAAGUUCAAAGAUUAAGUGUCGAAAUGGGAUUCUUGACAGGUCACGAAACUAAAGUUAUGGAAGAUGCACAUAUUGAUGCUGUCAUGAUUCUCGGCGAAGUUUUUAGUGUCGAAGGAGAAUUCGAUUUUGGAAAGCAACAAACAACAAAGAAAAUAGCUAGUCUAGUUCCAGUAAUGGUCGCUCAUAGACUAUGUCCACCACCUGAAGAAAUUUAUUCAUUGCAUAGGAAGUUGUCAGGUGUAUUUUUAUUGUGCUAUAAGCUUAACGCUAAAUUCGCAUGUAGACCAAUGUUUGAUGAAAUUGUUAAGAAUUACAAGUUUGAUGAUUAAAGGAACUGAUUUUUAGGUAAUUGAA